AAAAUCCUGUGCAGAAGAAAUCAAUUCCUUAAAUAUUGUACGACUGCGACACUUCACCUCCUCACCUCUCUCACUUCAUUUUCAUUUCUAGAUCAACAAACACCGAUACUAGAUUCACGUAUUCUCUUCACUUCUGCUGCGAAUCACAACCGCGAUCUUCAAGGAUUUAUGAGAGAUUGUAGUAUAACGGAUUAUGGCAUCAGAAACGGCUAUUGUUAAAGUUUCGGAAUCUCCCAUAUCAGAAAGGGAAAAUUUUGAUCUUUCCGGACCUGUGUACCUGACAACAGUUGAUUGGACAAAUCCGUGUCACCGGAGGUCUGUUGCAGCUAGUUUGGUUCAGGCUGUUUAUAUUUUGGAACGAGACCGCCAAGAGAAGCGAGAGGGGGACCAAGCGCUUGCGCCUCUGUGGUGGAAGGCUUUCAAUUUUGAGUUAUACAGGCAGCUUAUCGACGAUGCUGAUUCUUGCAUUUUUGGUGCCAUAUAUAAACUCAGUUCGACAUCUCCGGAUGACCAACAUCAGGCUCAAGCUCCACGCUACGUUGUUGCCUUUCGAGGGACCAUAACCAAAGGAGACGCAUUCAUGAGGGACCUUGAACUUGACAUCCACAUCAUACGGAACGGGCUGCACCAAACUUCUCGGUUUGAGAUAGCUAUACAAGCCGUUCGUCAUGUGGUUGCGACGUUCGGAAGCAGCAACAUCUGGAUAGCCGGACAUUCCCUCGGAGCUGCCAUGGCGUUGCUCGCCGGAAAGAACAUGGCAAAGAGUGGUGUUCUCCUCGACGCCUUCUUGUUCAACUCGCCGUUCUUUUCUGCCCCGAUCGAGCGGAUCAAGGACAAGAAAGUGAAGCACGGCCUCCGGUUUGCAGGCAGCGUUAUCACUGCAGGACUAGCUCUUGCCAUGAAAAGCAACAACCAAGCUAAUCGUUCUGGCGGCACAUUCGUUUCCUUGGCCGCGUGGCUGCCGCAUCUGUUUGUGAACCCGGCCGACCACAUCUGCGCGGAGUACGUAGGAUACUUCGAGCACAGGAAACGGAUGGAGGAUAUGGGAGCCGGAGAGAUUGAGAGGCUGGCGACGCAGCACUCCAUCGGAGGACUCGUGUUGAACGCGUUUGGGAAGCAGUCAGAGGAGCCGCCGCAUCUCAUUCCGUCGGCGCACGUGACUGUGAAUAAGGCUGCAGCCAGAGACUUCAAAGAAGCUCAUGGGAUCCAUCAGUGGUGGAGAAGUGAUCUUCAGUCUGAAACCAAGACGUACACCUUUAGUUAGAUAAAUCCCUGCUUCCAUUCCUUUGAUUUGUUAAAUUAAUUUCUUGAAAUAUGAGUGUACUGUAUUGAUUUGUAUUAGAGGAUCUCGUGUGAUUUCUCGUAUUUCGAGGUGGCGGAGACAAUGUAGUCCCUAGUGGUGAUUGUCGAUGUAAAAAUUAGGACCCCCCACCACCACCUCCACCUCUGCCUCUUCUGCAGCUUGGUCACCACCUAAAUUAGGUCCACAUCUUUUGCUCAUCGACUUUGACCA